GCGCCGCCAAUUGUGCCGACAGAUGAGGUCGCGCCGGUGCAUCUCUUUGACGAUACGGCCACGCUGCAGGGCUCCACGAUGAUGUGGACCUUCAGGUUUGACGAGGUUCUCGACGCCGACAAGCUGGGCAACUCGCUUUCCGAGCUCUUCCAGAUGCAAGGGUGGCGGAAGCUGGGCGGACGACUCCGGCGCAGAGUAAAUAACGACGCGCUAUUCUGUGAAUUGACGACAGGCACCAGCUAACUGAGGCCAACCAGCCUGAUGGAUCGACCGAGAUUCACAUCCCCUGCCCCUUUUCAGAGGACCGACCGCCGCUCUACUUCACAAAGGCCAAAUUCGACGUGCGCAUGUCGGAACACCCCGAAGCAUCCAAAUUGCCGAGUGCUCCAGACGGCUUGAAGCCAGCGACGUUCCCCAGUCCGCGCAACCACAAGUCAUUGGGCCUGGGGCCCGGAUCGCCAACAUGUUUUGACGACUACCUCUACUCCGAUCAUCCGCAGUUUGCCCUCCACGUGGUCAACUUUACAGAUGGAACCUUGGUUUCCAUCAACUUCAAUCACCUAACCAGCGAUCUCGCCGGGCUCAUGGCCAUCAUCAACGCUUGGCAGCUUGUACUAGCCGGAAGGCCGGAAUCGGUGCCCCCGUUCAAGGGCCUCUAUGAAGACUCCAUGGCUGAUCUUUACAAGGCGCAUACAACGGAAAAAUAUGUGCUGGCCGACAAGCAGCUUUCGGGCUGGAACCUCGCAGCGUUCGGAUUGCGGCUUGUGUUCGAUUCCUGGUGGAACUCCCCCGUUGAUUCCAGGCUGCUUUGCGUCCCCAAGAAGACAAUGGACGCCGUUGUUCAGGCGGCCAGAGACCAGUUGCCACAGACCAUGGACUCCAGUAACGAUGGAGCCUCGCCUCGAUUCAUUAGUGAGAACGACAUUGUCGUAGCAUUGGCCACAAAGGCAGCCGCCCAAAACUCUUCCCCAAGCCGACCCAUUACCGUCCUGCAGGCUGUCGACCCUCGCAGCCGCGUCAAGUCGGUUUUCGACCAAGACGCCGCAUAUGUCUGCAACGCCCCUGCUGCGGCCUUUAGUUUCUGCAGCAGCCAAGAGGCAGUGGACAAGAGCAUUAGCGAACUGGCGCUUGACGGACGAAAGGCCCUUCAGUCGCAGGUUACAGAAGGGCAAAUGAAGGCUGUGGCCGCGUUGGUAGCAAAAGCCAUGGCGGACACUGGAAAUCCCCCCGUCUUCGGGGAUCGCAAUUCGCUUCUGCUGGUAUCAUCCAACUGGUCCAAAGCCGCGUUUCUGGAAAAGGUGGACUUUGGUCCAGCAAUCGUCAAGAGCCCGGAGAGUAAUCGCCCUCGGGGAAAGCCGGGGCAUCCUGUUUAUUACCAUUGUCAGAGCAUGGAGAGUGGCCUCGUCACUACGAGGGUCGUUGUAAUUAUGGGCAGAGACCUAGAGGGAAACUUUUGGCUGCUUGGUGAUCAACCAAGUCAUUUCUGGCCAGCGCUGCUAGCACAGCUAGAGAAGUAUGCAUAGGUUUCAUGGAGUCCCAGAUAUCCUUUCCGAGUAACGCCCUCGCUUGAGAGCAUCCUAAGUCUGUUUUCAGUUUAUGUCAACCGUAGUAAUUUUACCUAAUUCACAAAUCACAUAGUACUUGCUUG